GCCCGCGCCAACGAUACACUGUCCUGGUCGAUCUACCUAUUUCUCCCUUUGAUCUGGCAGCGUAGGGGGAUUGUAUCAAAGGGUCAGCAGACAAAGGACGAUUGCAGGUCUAAAAAGUCGCACUAAAGCCUGAGAGUCUUUUAGACAGCCGUUUACACCUCACUAUGGCGUUAUAUCUUGAACUUUACGAUGCGCCUGGCUCACCACUGCCAGACGAGAAGCGGUCCAUAUUCAAUCCAUUCACCCUGUGCCUUCGACUGAAUAAUCUUCCGGCGGCCGUCAAGCCGACUCACUUGACCCAUGUAUUGAGUUAUCCGCCGACUAGGCACGGUGCCAUGAGUUGUAAACGUGAGAAUGGCGUGAGCUUGGUCGAGAUUUAUACGGUUCCAAAGAAGGUCAGGUCAAGUCCUGUUGCUGGCGUCAAGCGCCUUCUCUGUGUUACAGUGGGCCGUCUGGGUGCCCGGAGCAAGUGGAACCGGCUGCCUGCCUCAGCCGUAGAGAAUGAUGGUGUUCACAGUCCGUCCACUCCCCGCGAGGCAAUUUGGCUGCUUGGGCAGCCGGAGACGGAGACAUUUGCGAUCGUCCACUUCCGUGACGAGUUUUCCUUGUACCGAGCCAAGGAUAUCUUUCGUCGAGUGACCAUAGACGGACGGCACGUCCAGCUGAAGACUCGGCGGUGGAACGGUUCAGCAAUGAAGAGAUUGCUCUCGUGCUGGACAUGAAUGCCUCGAGAACCAAUCCGCUCGAGAUGAGUCCAACGUGAUCAGACGCCGCGACUCGCCGAGCUACUCCUCUGUGUCCAGCCGGCUACGGCGCCUGCUUUCGCACCAACCGCUCUCAGUCCAUCCUUUGCCUGCUCGAGGUACUGCUCAAUGCCUCCUGUGCCGGCUCCACUGGAUCCUGAAGGAACAAUAUACGUGGGAGGAGAGGCGACACUUGCCCCUGCGGAGCUAACUUCGGCCACGGCA